AUGACGUCAGUAGGAAAACAAGAGUUAUCUAGUUUCUACAGUCGUGCGACGAAUAAAAUAAUAUUCACGCGUGUAUAUAUAUAUAAUAUAUAGUCUUAUAUAUAGUUAAAGAUGUUAGUGGAUUGCCUUCUUAUCGUGUUUAUAUCAAUUUGUACGGCGUUACUUGGUGAAGGUUUAACAUGGCUCAUGGUUUACAGAACAGAUAAAUACAAGAAAUUGAAAUCUGAAGUAGAAAAACAAAGUAAAAAAUUGGAGAAGCAAAGAGAAGCCGGAAUGGACGUAGCUGAUCGAAACCAGAAGAAAAAGUUAGAGCGCCAAGAAGAGAAAUUGAAAAACAACAGUCGAGAUUUAUCAUUGGUUAAAAUGAAAUCCAUGUUUGCAAUUGGUUUUGCUUUCACUGCACUUUUGAGUAUGUUCAACUCCAUUUUUGAUGGCCGAGUGGUUGCUAAGUUACCAUUUACUCCAAUUUCACUGAUGCAAGGUCUUUCACAUCGUAAUCUAGCCGGAGACGAUUACACUCAUUGCUCGUUCAUCUUCCUCUACAUUCUAUGUACAAUGUCUAUACGCCAGAACAUCCAAAAGCUGCUUGGUUUGGCCCCUUCGAGAGUCGCUAACAAACAAGGAGUCGGAUUCUUCUCACCCCCACCUCAAUUUGUUAAAUGAUAAACUUGUAAAAAUAUAAAUAUAUAUUAAAAUAAAUUCAUCAUAAAUUAAAUAAAAUCUCACAUUAACGAG